CGGCUGAAAGUGCGGGUCAGUUGACCAUGCUGCUACGGAGGCUGUCUCUGUGUGUCGGGCUCCCCCUGAACCCCAGGACUCAACGCGCCAUCAUCUUCCCUCGUCUAGCCAAAGCACUGACACAAGGCAAGUGGGAAUGGCAAACAUAUGCAUACAUUCAAAUACCCACACACAUAAUAUAGGCCUACGUGCACCUGUAAUUGAGGAGAUGUAUAGAUGUCUAUGUAGGAUAAAUGUUGAAAAUAUUAGGCUAUUAUUCCAGUGAUUGCAAUUUCAAUGAUUUCAGUAGCUUGAGUUUUUAGUAAUAGCAUGAUCAUUUCCCCAAGCAAGAAGGAUAGCCUAGUUCCCUAAAUUGAUCAAGUCCCAAUCGUUCAAUGAUAUCAUCUUGCAUACUUGUGUAUACUUUUUUAUCCUCCUGGGGCCCCUGAUAACAUGAGUUGGGAUUGAUUGCAUUAAGAUAAUGGAGGCCUAUCCCUUUCUGUCCAUCUUAAUCUAUCUCUCUGUUUCUGUUAUUUCCCCUCACCCCUGCACCCCAGUCUUUUUCUCUUCCCCUCUCUGUUUCUAUCUCCCUCUCUCCCUAUCUCUCUCAUGCGGUUGGCUGCUCUUUAGUGGAGAGAUGUGUGCAGUUAGCACUGGCUUUGGCGGUUGCCGUGCUGAUGUGACAGUUUGCACCCUGGCAUUUUCCAUCUCCAUGGAUACCAGGGAAUUUAGGAGGGGGGUGAAGGGGAUUCCUGGCUGCUCUGUUAGCCUAACACUUUAUAUAAUCAGUGAUGGACCAAAACAGAACCUAGCACACACACAUACUGGUAGGAGAUGUACUGUUGUGUGUAUGCUUAUGCUGGUUAGGCACAGUGUUUAUGAACAUUGUCUCAAGCUAACAUGGGUAUGUGUGCACAGCACACUAUAUGCAUAUGUGAAGGUUGCAUGAAGCUGAUCUGUUAUCUUAGAUCUUCCCUCCUCCAUUUAGGCCCUGCUUUAAUUAUUCUUUCAUCCAAGUAAGGGAGGGAGGCAAUAAGGAUACAUGUAUAAAGCAUUUGAACAGGGCUUCAGACUAGAGCUGGGACGAUAAACUGGAAAUGAUCGACACCGACCAUACUGAUCAUUUAUCGCUGUAGCGGGUGAUGAUGGACAGAGUCAGACGCAGGAGAGGAAAUCACAGAAUAAAUGGUUUAAUCAAUAAACAGAGGUACGCAGCAAUGUGUAAUACACACCAGUGCGGACAAACGGCGCACUGGGGAAAAUAAGGCACACGGGUGAAUAACCCAGCGAUACACAAUAGAAACGAGCUCCACCGAGCUAUAAUCUCUACAAUAAACAAUCCCACACAAAGACAAGGGGGCAGAGGGAACACUUAUACAGGUACUGAUGAGGGGAUAUGAACCAGGUGUGUGUAAUAAACAAGACAAAACAAAUGGAAUGAUGAGAUGAGGAGCGGCAGUGGCUAGAAGGCCGGUGACAACGAACGCCGAAGCCUGCUCGAACAAGGAGAGGAGGCAGCUUCGGAGGAAGUUGUGACAGUAGCCCCCCUCCCCCUUGACGCGCAGCUCCAGCAGCGCGCCGACUCCGGCCUCGGGGACGGCCAGGAGGACGUGGAGCAGGGCGAGCCGGAUGGCGACGGUGGAAAUCCCACAACAGGGAGGGAUCGAGGAUAUCCCUCACCGGGACCCAGCACUGCACCUCUGGACCGUACCCCUCCCACUCCACGAGGUACUGAAGGCCCGGCCUGAGGAGAGACACAGGGAACGAGGGGUUAAUACGGUAAUCUGGAGGGAGUAGUAACCUAAAGGUAACCUUGUUUAUUCUCCUCAGGACUUUGAACGGCCCCACAAACCGUGGGCUCAGCUUCCACCAGGGCAGGCGGAGGGGCAGAUUCCGGGUUGAGAGCCAGACCCAAUCACCCGGUACAAAGACCGGGGCCUCAUUGCGGUGGCGGUCAGCGUUGGCCUUCUGGCGACGCAUGGCGCGCUGGAGGUGGACGUGAGCAGCGUUCCACGUCUCCUCCGUGUGCCGAAACCAGUCAUCCACCGCAGAAGCUUCGGUCUGGCUCUGAUGCCACGGUGCCAGAACCGGCUGAUAACCUAAAACACAUUGGAAUGGCGAUAGGUUAGUGGAGGAGUGGCGGAGAGAGUUCUGGGCAUAUUCGGCCCAUGGCAAGAACACUGACCACUCCCCCGCCCAGUAGGACCGCAGGAACCUACCCACGUCCUGAUUCACCCGUUCCACCUGCCCAUUACUCUCGGGGUGAAACCCAGAGGUCAGUCUGACCGAGACCCCCAGACGUUCCAUGAACGCCUUCCAGACCCUGGAUGUAAACUGGGGACCCUGGUCAGACACUAUGUCCUCUGGCACCCCUUAGUGCCGGAAGACGUGAGUAAACAGGGCCUCCGCAGUCUGCAGGGCCGUGGGGAGACCGGGCAGAGGCGGCAGGCUUUUGAAAAGCGGUCCACAACGACCAGGAUGGUGGUGUUACCCUGAGAGAGGGGAAGAUCAGUGAGAAAGUCAAUACACAGGUGGGACCAUGGUCGUUGUGGAACUGGUAAGGGCUGUAACUUACCCGCUGGGAGGUGCCUAGGUGCCUUACUCUGGGCGCACACUGAGCAGGAGGAGACAUACACCCUCACGUCCUUAGCCAAGGUAGGCCACCAGUACUUUCCGGUCAGGCAACGCACUGUACGGCCGAUACCUGGGUGACCAGAGGAGGGGGAUGUGUGUGCCCAAUAGAUCAGACGGUCACCGCGACCAAGCAUGUCCCGAAACACCUCACUCAAAACAUUCCUCCCUCUCUCAAUCAUUCUAUCUCUCUCUGUCAGUUUCAGUCAGUACCAGUUCUGGAGGCGCGGGUCUGUGCGGUAGCCGGACAGAGUGGUCUGAUGGCCCUGUAUGAGGCCAUGUUCACGCAGUACAGCACAAUGUACCUACACUUUCUCAAUGUAUUUGAAUUCGCACUGUUACCCAGCACAAUUGCCCCUCAAUAAAGUUUUAUCGAAACAGGAUUUGCUCUGAUGUAAUCCCAGGUCCUGGUCACCAACCUGGACUUCCACGACGACCAGAAGCGGCGGAACCUGAACAACACCCUGCAGGAGCUGCUCCGCAUGAACAUCAUACCCAUCAUCAACACCAACGAUGCCGUGGUACCCCCGCCCGAGCCCAACAGCGACCUCCAGGGGGUAAACAAGGGUACAGGGCACAGGGGGGAGAGGUGUGUACAGCGGAAUAGUGUUAGCUGCUAGCAUACUAGCAUACAGCUGUUACAUUUCACCGCCUCGCCUCGCUCUACCUGCCCGCUAACCCUCCUUUGCAUGCAGGGAGGGCUAGAGGAGAUGGGAGGGGUGCAUGCAUCACUUUAGUUUCCUUUUGGAUGAGAGCGGACUGGGCCUAGAAGUGUGGCUGUCUGGGGCUGACUCCUGGAGGAAGAAGCACGCUUCUUUUCUCCUUUCGCAAGCCCAGGCGGAACGAACAAGUUCUUCUGCUGUAGAAAACGCACUACUACUAGUAAUAAACGACUAAACAUUGUAGUAUCAGUGGCUUUGCUAACCCACACAGUAGGCAAACCAAUAUCAACAAUAGCUCAUCUGCAUAGUGGAGCUAAUCUACAUGUGGUGCUUCACCUUAUCAUGAAAUGCUUCGAUUUUAGUGACACAUUUUCUUAUCAAUUUCAACUGAUAACAAACAUCAGAAAACAGUCUAGUCAUUGACCCUUGACCCCAUCAAUUUCUAUCUCUUGCUGUGAGACUAAUACGUUUUUCCUCCACUUCAGGUCAUCAGUAUAAAGGACAAUGACAGUCUGGCUACACGCCUGGCCGUGGAGAUGAAGGCAGACCUGCUCAUCGCUCUCUCUGAUGUAGAAGGUACGCUGCUAACACAACAACACAUUAACACCCAUUAGGUAACGCUACAACAAUACAUUAACACCCAUUAGGUAACGCUACAACAACACAUUAACACCCAUUAGGUAACGCUACAACAACACAUUAACACCCAUUAGGUAACGCUACAACAACACAUUAACACCCAUUAGGUAACGCUACAACCACACACAGUCAUUUAGGAGCAUUCAUGUAAGAGAGAGAACUACAGGUUUUUGGGGUUGUGUUUAUCAGGCACUGAAUGGAAGAAAACAGAGUGAAACAAGGAGUGACCACCUGGACUUGUCCAAUAGGAAACCCUAAUUUUUGUGCCCUAAUAAACACGACCCUGGUUGUAUUUGGAAAUAUCACUGAUGGAUUGGACUGGAAGGUCAUCUUUGUGCAUGUUAGGCUAGCACUAAAGUAAACAAUCAUGUGACCUCCCAUCUCUCGUAGGACUGUACGACAGCCCUCCUGGAACGGAUGACGCCAAACUCAUUGACAUCUUCUACCCUGGUGACCAGCAGUCGAUCACCUACGGUAAGAAAUCCAGGGUGGGGAUAGGAGGCAUGGAGGCCAAGGUACUUAUACAGAUGCCAAUGUUAAUUUUGGCAGUCUUUUUUUAGAUUUAGUCUAGUCUUAGUCAUUUUGACUAAAAUAUCAUUAAGUCUUAGGCACAUUUUUGUCAUUUGAAUAAUUAUUUAGUCUAGUCAUUGUCAAAAUGACGAAAACAGUGGGCCAUUUUAGUCAACUAAAUACCCUUUCAUUUUAGUCACAUUUUAGUCACAUCGCAUUUGUGUUGCCUCAUUAACCUAUAGUAAACAUAAAUCAGUGACUUCCAUGUGCGCAAACAUAAAGUCUUAAUAGGGCGUUGGGCCACCACGAGACACCAGAACAGCUUCAAUGCACCUUGGCAUAGAUUCUACAAGUGUCUGGAACUAUUGGAGUUCUUCCACGAGAAAUUCCAUCAUUUGGUGUUUUUUUGAUGAUGGUGGAAAAUGCUGUCUCAGGCGCCGCUCCAGAAUCUCCCAUAAGUGUUCAAUUGGGUUGAGAUCUGGUGACUGAGACAGCCAAGGCAUAUGGUUUACAUAGUUUUCAUGCUCAUCAAACCAUUCAGUGACCACUCGUGCCCUGUGGAUGGGGGCAUUGUCAACCUAUGGGGCCAUAGCCAUGGUAGCCAAAAUAGUGGCCUGCCCAGCUAUUUUAUACAUGACCCUAAGCAUGAUGGGAUGUUAAUUGCUUAAUUAACCCAGGAAUCACACCUUUGUGGAAGCACCUGCUUUCAAUAUACUUUGUAUCCCUCAUUUACUCAAGUGUUACCAUUAUUUUGGCAGUUACCUGUAGAUUAGAAUAGAAAAAGUGUGUGUUCAAUACAUGUAAGAGUGGAGGACUACAGAGGUUCUAGGUCUACAUGUCUGUAAUCAGGUUUUAAGAAAGUCUUUGGAACUCAAUGUGUGUCAGAGUGAGAUUUGGCUUUAACCCACUGUUAAGCAAGUCUUUACAUUGGGGGCCAAAUCCUUACUUGGGAAACAGAAAAUUGGUUAAGUGUAUCCCCCCCUCUACCUCCAGGUAAAGGCUGCCCUGUGGGCCCUACAGGGGGGCACGUCGGUAGUCAUCGCCAACGGCAUCCACCCCAAGGUGACGGGCCACAUCAUCACUGACAUCGUGGAGGGCAAGAAAGUGGGCACCUUCUUCUCCGAGGUCAAACCUGCCGGUGAGUUCCCCCGGGUCAUCUCUGGGUGACAGACACUGGUGAUGAAGGUUUGAUGAUGAUGAUCACCAUGACAACAAUGAGCAUAAUGAUAAUGGUGAUAAUUAUGGCGAGGAUCACAAUAAUGAGGAUUAUGGUGGUUCUUAUAAUGAAGAAGAUGUUUGUAAUUCUAAAUGAUGAUGAUAAUUAUGGUCACGACAGCCUCAUCGAGAACCAGGCUUCCCUAAUCGGAAAAGCCUGGUGAAGUCUAUGGCAGAAAGUAGCUACAAAGGGGUGGAAACCAGUGACGCCUCGCAACACGUCAAACCAAUCAACUGCCUUGCUUGGGCAGAGCUCAAAAGUGUCUGAAGAUGGCCGGGAAAUGGCCGAUUUAAAAACCCCAUCGAAAUAUGUUGAUGUAUGCUGUGUUUGUGGUGGCUUUCAAUUUCAAUAAAUGACAGAAGGUCAGCCACAUUUGAUACACUAAACGUUUACCAUAUCCUGUAGGUAGACACGGGAUAAUGUCUGUUGAGUGAUCAAGAAGAUGAGUUGCAAUGCCUUCAUCGACUCGGAAAACAGUGACGAACAUAACACCUGUGUUGUCCUUCUACGGGCAUGUGUGGGGUUGUGUUUGUACACUGCUGAUAAUUUUUUGGUAAGAUGGAGUGUUCGUGCUGGGAGUCAAGCUAUACAGUGCUAUGAAAAAGUAUUUGCCCCCUUUCUAAUUUUCUCUACUUUUGCAUAUUUGUGAUACUGAAUGUUAUCAGAUCUUCAACCAAAACCUAAUAUUAGAUAAAGGGAACAUAAGUGAACAAAUAACACAACAAUUACAUAUUUAUUUCAUUUAUUUCAUAAACAAAGUUAUGCAACACCCAAUUCCCCUGUGUGAAAAAGUAAUUGCCCCCUUACACUCAAUAACUGGUUGUGCCACCUUUAGCUGCAAUGACUCCAACAAAAUGCUUCCUGUAGUUGUUGAUCAGUCUCUCACGUCACUGUGGAGGAAUUUUGGCCCACUCUUCCAUACAGAACUGCUUUAACUCAGUGACGUGUGGGUUUUCAAGCAUGAACUGCUCGUUUCAAGUCCUGCCACAACAUCUCAAUUGGGAUUAGGUCUGGACUUUGACUAGGCCAUUCCAAAACUUCAAAUUUGUUGCUUUUAAGCAAUUUUCAUGUAGAUUUGAUUGUGUGUUUUGGAUCAUUGUCUUGCUGCAUGACCCAGCUGCGCUUCAGCUUCAGCUCACAGACGGAUGGUCUGACAUUCUCCUGUAGAAUUCUCUGAUACAGAGCAGAAUUCAUGGUUCCUUCUAUUAAGGCAAGUCGUCCAGGUCCUGAGGCAGCAAAGCAUCCCCAAACCAUCACACCACCACCACCACCAUGCUUGACCUUUGGUAUGAUGUUCUUACUGUGGAAUGUAGUGUUUGGUUUUCGCCAGGCAUAAUGGGACCCAUCUCGUCCAAAAAGUUGACUCAAGUUUGCCAAAAAGCACCUGGAUGAUCAUCAAGACUCUUGGAAGAACGUUCUAUGGACAGAUGAUUCAAAAGUAUAACUUUUUGGACGACAUAGUUCCAGUAAUGCCUGGCGAAAACCAAGCUCUGUGGUGCCAUAUUCUUUCCAUUUUUUAAUAAUGGAUUUAAUGGUGCUCUGUGGGAUGUUCAAAGUUUCAGAUAUUGUUUUAUAACCCAACCCUGAUCUGUACUUCUCCACAACUUUGUCCCUGACCUGUUUGGAGAGCUCCUUGGUUUUUAUGGUGCCGCUUGCUUGGUGGUGCCCCUUGCUUAGUGGUGUUGCAGACUCUGGGGCCUUUCAGAACAGGUGUAUAAAUACUGAGAUCAUGUGACAGAUCAUGUGACACUUAGAUUGCACACAGGUGGACUUUAUUUAACUAAUUAUGUGACUUCUGAAGGUAAUUGGUUGUACCGGAUCUUAUUUAGGGGCUUCAUAGCAAAGGGGGUGAAUACAUAUGCACGCACCACUUUUCCAUUAUUUAUUUGUUAUAAUUUUUUGAAACAAGUUAUUUUUUUCAUUUCACUUCACCAAUUUUGACUAUUCUGUGUAUGUCCAUUACAUGAAAUCUAAAUAAAAAUCAAUUUAAAUUACAGGUUGUAAUGCAACAAAAUAGGAAAAACGCCAAGGGGGAUUAAUACUUUUGCAAGGCACUGUAUUUGAAGUAUUUGAAAGUAUUUAAAAAUACUAUUUGAAACUUUUUCCAAAUAUAUUUCAAAUAUCCCUAGGACUAAAUAGACCUGGUUCAAAUGUAUGGGAGUAUUUAAAUAUUUGUAUUUGAAAAUAUACUAAUAAUACAUGCCAUUACUUUUCCAAUAAAAAAUAUCAAAAUACUUAAUGUAAUGUAUUUGAAAGUAAUUGAAAUACCUUUUCAACUAGUAUUUGAACCCAGGUCUGACACAGACACGCCCACAUAAUUGAAUUGUUGUUUUACUACCAAUGAAGGAGAAGGAAGUGAUUGAUUGAUGUUUUCUCUCUCCAGUCAGAGACUCUAAAUGUGACUAUCCUGCGGCCUGCAAUGCUAUGGAAACACUGUUGGUUCACAGGGACAUACUCAGGACUCCUCUGUUUGACCAGAUCAUAGACAUGCUCCGUACCGAACGGGUAAGACCACUCACUCACACACAAACAAAUACACAGGUACAGACACACUGACAUAAAGUGAUAUAAUCCUCCUUUUCUCCAACUAAAAUACAGGUUGAAAUCACUCAAAGGUUUCUUGGUUAAAUAAGAUGACUGGUUGGUUGGUGAUAUGAUUUGUUACAUUUUACUACAACUUAUAAUCAAAUAUUCCAUUUAUUUUCCUAGGGUUGAGGUGAGGUGGAUGGGUUUACACAUGUUGAUUAACUGCAUUUCUCAUGUCUCAUUGUUGAUGAUUUAUGCUUCUGAAAACAAAUUCACAAAAAUGAACACUAACAACUUACUAUGCAAUUGAUGAUUAUCAUAAGACGACAUACUACCAAGUAUCACUAAAACUUAGGUUGUGUUUCACAAUGGCAGAUCUAUCUAUGGAACUCUUGUCACGGUUUCGGCCGAGGCUGCCUCUCUCCCUUGUUCGGGCAGGCUUCGGCGUUCGUUGUCUCCGGAAUACUAGCUGCCACCGUUGUAUGUUUCAUGUUCGUUUGCUUUUGUCUGAUUGUUGUCACACCUGUUUUCAUUUAGUGUCAUUAGUGUCCUAUUUAGUUCUCGUUGUGUUUGUCAGGUGUUGUGUGUUAUUGAUUUUUGUCUGUCGUGUGUAGGGCUGAUGUUCGCUAUUUCGCUCGGUUGAGCUUCUCUCCACUGCGUGGAGUGUUUUCGCACCUGUGUAGUGCGCAUUUGUUUUGUGCGCCUUCGUGCGUUAUUUCGCCUUCGGGCAAGUGUUCUCGUAAUUUCCUUGUUGGAGAGUUACUAAAGUCUGUUGGACUAUACUUCGGUGUCCUGCGUUUGAUUCCACCACUACACCCACCUACAGCACGCGUGACAGAAUAACACACCUUUAAAUGGAAUCAGCAGGAGCUGCAGCAGCCCAGACGACGCUGGAGGACCAGGUUCGGGAACAACGGGACCAGAUCCUGCAGAUGGGGACCGCACUGCAGGAGGUGAUCACCACCAUUCGAGGCUGGGGAACGCCUCCACCGCCACCCUCCCUGCCAGCACCAUCGGCCAGUCCGCCCAUUCCAGCACCGGAACCCCGAGGAGUCCGACUCUCGCUCCCGAGGUCCUACGAUGGAACCGCGGCCGGGUGUCAGGGAUUCCUUCUCCAGGUGGAGCUGUACCUGGCCACCGUGCACCCGGCGCCCUCGGGACAUGAGAGCGUGUCCGCCCUGAUCUCCUGCCUUUCCGGGAAGGCAUUGGAAUGGGCCAACGCGGAGUGGAGGAGGAUCGACGCGGACACCAUCACGUACGACGAGUUCUCCCGCCGCUUCAGGGCGGUGUUUGACCAUCCCCCGGAGGGGAAAGCGGCGGGGGAGCGUCUGGUCUUCCUCCGGCAGGGGAGGAGGAGUGCGCAAGAGUUCGCCCUCGAAUUCCGUACUCUAGCGGCAGAUGCAGGGUGGAAUGAUCGGGCUCUCGUCGAUCACUACAGGUGUAGUCUACGAGAGGACGUCCGUCGGGAGCUGGCUUGUAGGGACACCAGCCUCUCGUUCGACCAGUUGGUCGACAUGUCCAUCAGGCUGGAUAACCUACUAGCUACCCGCGGACGUUCCGAGGGGGGUCCGUCCAUUUCACCCUCCAGCGCCUCCGAGCCGUGUCCCAUGGAGCUCGGGGGUGCUGGCGCUAGAGAGAGGAGGGGUCGGCUUACUAGGGGGUCCAUCCCCUGCACCAACUGUGGUCGGGGAGGGGGAUUGUGCGAUAGACCUCCAGGCAGGAGCUGCGCUCCCACGGAGCCAUGUGUAUCCUCUGUCUCAGGAGGAGAAGAAAGCUAUGGAGACUUACAUAGACGAAUCUCUGAGACAAGGAUACAUACGGCCUUCCACUUCCCCUGCGUCCUCGAGUUUCUUUUUUGUGAAGAAGAAGGAUGGUGGUUUGCGCCCAUGCAUCGAUUACCGUGGUCUCAAUCAGAUCACGGUGAAGUACAGUUAUCCACUCCCGCUGAUUGCGACCAUGACUGAGUCCUUGCAUGGGGCGCGUUUCUUCACUAAAUUAGAUCUCAGGAGCGCGUACAACUUGGUGCGCAUCAGGGAGGGCGAUGAAUGGAAGACAGCCUUUAGUACCACCUCGGGCCAUUACGAGUAUCUUGUCAUGCCAUACGGGUUGAUGAACGCUCCGUCAGUUUUCCAAUCAUUCGUGGAUGAGAUCUUCAGGGACAUGCAGGGGCAGGGGGUCGUGGUGUACAUAGAUGACAUUCUCGUGUACUCGCCGACCCGUGUCGAGCAUGUGGCCCUGGUGCGCAGAGUGUUGCGGAGGCUGGUGGAGCACGACCUGUAUGUUAAGGCAGAGAAGUGUCUGUUUUUCCAGGAGUCGGUCUCCUUUUUGGGGUAUCAGUUGUCUGCGUCAGGGGUGAAGAUGGAGGUAGACCGGGUGUCAGCCGUGCGUAAUUGGCAAACACCAACCACUGUGAAGGAGGUGCAGCAGUUUUUGGGGUUUGCGAAUUACUACCGGAGGUUUAUCCGGGGUUUUGGACAGGUGGCAGCUCCCAUCACGUCUCUCUUGAAGGGGGGCCCGGUGCGUCUGCAGUGGUCUGCCGAGGCGGACAGGGCAUUUGGGAGGCUGAAGGACCUGUUUACCUCGGCUCCAGUGCUGGCGCAUCCGGAUCCCUCUUUACCAUUUCAGGUAGAGGUGGACGCGUCUGAGGCCGGUAUAGGAGCCGUGCUUUCACAAAGAUCAGGCGCGCCACCUAAACUCCGCCCCUGUGCUUUUUAUUCCAAGAAGCUCAGUCCGGCGGAGCGAAACUAUGAUGUAGGUGACAGGGAGCUGUUAGGUGUGGUACAGGCCCUAAAGGUGUGGAGGCACUGGCUUGAGGGGGCUCAACACCCUUUCCUCAUUUUGACGGACCACCGUAACCUGGAGUACAUCCGGGCAGCGAGGAGGCUAAACCCUCGGCAGGCUAGAUGGAAUAUGUUUUUGACCCGGUUUACGUUUAAGAUCACGUACAUCCCUGGGUCCCAGAACGGUAAGGCAGAUGCGCUGUCUCGGCGGUAUGACACGGAGGAGAGGUCCGUGGAGCCCACUCCCAUACUGCCGGAGUCGUGUCUGGUGGCACCGGUAGUGUGGGAGGUCGAUGCUGAGCUCGAGCGGGCGUUACGCACCGACCCUAGUCCACCACAGUGCCCGGAGGGUCGGAAGUACGUUCCGCUCGAGGUUCGGGAUCGAUUGAUCUAUUGGGCUCACACGUCACCCUCCUCUGGACAUCCGGGUAUCGGGCGGACAGUGCACUGUCUUAGUGCCAAGUACUGGUGGCCCACGUUGGCAAGGGAUGUGAGGGUUUAUGUUUCCUCCUGCUCGGUGUGCGCCCAGUGUAAGGCGCCUAGACAUCUGCCUAGGGGUAAGUUACUACCCCUGCCCGUGCCACAACGACCAUGGUCCCACCUCUCGGUGGAUUUCCUUACUGACCUUCCUCCUUCACAGGGGAAUACCACUAUACUGGUCGUUGUGGACCGGUUUUCUAAGGCCUGUCGUUUGCUCCCCAUGCCGGGCCUUCCUACCGCCCUGCAAACUGCCGAAGCCCUAUUCACCCAUGUGUUCCGGCACUACGGGGUACCCGAGGAUAUUGUGUCUGAUCGAGGUCCCCAAUUUACCUCCAGAGUCUGGAGGGCCUUUAUGGAGCGGUUGGGGGUCUCGGUGAGCCUCACCUCGGGUUACCACCCGGAGAGUAAUGGGCAGGUGGAACGUGUAAACCAGGAUGUGGGCAGGUUUCUUAGAACAUACUGCCAGGACCGGCCGGAGGAGUGGGCAAGGUACGUUCCCUGGGCCGAAAUGGCCCAGAAUUCCCUACGCCAUUCCUCCACUAACCUAACCCCUUUCCAAUGUGUGUUAGGUUACCAGCCGGUUCUGGCACCCUGGCAGCAGAGCCAGAUCGAGGCUCCUGCGGUGGAUGAGUGGGCGAGGCGCUCGGAGGAGACAUGGAACGCUGCACACGUCCACCUGCAGCGGGCCCUCCGACGUCAUAAGGCGAGCGCCGAUCUCCACCGCAGUGAGGGACCGGUGUACGCACCUGGUGAUCGAGUCUGGCUCUCUACCAGGAACCUGCCCCUCCGCCUGCCCUGUCGGAAACUGGGUCGGCGGUUUGUAGGGCCAUUUAAAGUUCUGGGAAGGUUGAACGAGGUGUGUUAUAAAUUACAGCUACCUGUUGAAUAUAAAAGUAUUAACCCCUCGUUCCAUGUGUCCCUUCUCAGGCCGGUGGUAGCUGGCCCACUCCAAGAAAGUGAGAUCAGGGAGACUCCUCCGCCCCCAUUGGACAUCGAGGGGGCACCGGCGUACUCCGUGAGGUCCAUCUUGGAUUCGAGACGUCGGAUGGGGGGUCUCCAGUAUCUAGUGGAGUGGGAGGGGUACGGUCCGGAGGAGCGGUGCUGGGUGCCGAGGAGAAACAUUUUGGACCCGUCUCUCCUGACGGAAUUCCAUCGUGGGCACCCGACGCACCCUGCUCCGCGUCCUCCGGGUCGUCCCCGAGGCCGGAAUCGGCGCACGUCUGGAGCCGCGCGUCAAGGGGGGGGUACUGUCACGGUUUCGGCCGAGGCUGCCUCUCUCCCUUGUUCGGGCAGGCUUCGGCGUUCGUUGUCUCCGGAAUACUAGCUGCCACCGUUGUAUGUUUCAUGUUCGUUUGCUUUUGUCUGAUUGUUGUCACACCUGUUUUCAUUUAGUGUCAUUAGUGUCCUAUUUUGUUCUCGUUGUGUUUGUCAGGUGUUGUGUGUUAUUGAUUUUUGUCUGUCGUGUGUAGGGCUGAUGUUCGCUAUUUCGCUCGGUUGAGCUUCCCUCCACUGCGUGGAGUGUUUUCGCACCUGUGUAGUGCGCAUUUGUUUUGUGCGCCUUCGUGCGUUAUUUCGCCUUCGGGCAAGUGUUCUCGUAAUUUCCUUGUUGGAGAGUUACUAAAGUCUGUUGGACUAUACUUCGGUGUCCUGCGUUUGAUUCCACCACUACACCCACCUACAGCACGCGUGACAACUCUAUGGAAACUUUGGUCAUUUAUACUUUAACUUUUUUUUUUAUUAUUCAUAUAAAAAAAUUAUCUAAUCAACAAUGACAUUUGCAAUUAUUUUCACAACUGCCACCAGUUUGGCGUCAAAACAUUUACAACAAAGACAUAUUGACAUAGUACAAUAAAUACAAGCGUGUAAAAAUAUAAAGGACAUCCAUGCUGAAACCCUCAUAUUUGUCACGAACAUUGACUGAUGACUCGUGGAACCAAGGCGCAGCGUGAUAAGCGUACAUUUUAUUUAGUACACAACACACGAACAAAACGAACGAUACGUGAAGUCCUGAGGUUACAACAACACAAACCUUUACGGAACAAGAUCCCACAAACUAACUGGUGCCAACAGGCUGCCUAAGUAUGGUCCCCAAUCAGAGACAACGAGCUACAGCUGCCUCUGAUUGGGAACCACCCUGGCCAACAUAGAACUAAACGAUCUAGAACAAAAAACAUAGAAAACCAAACAUAGAAAAUCCACACCCUGGCUCAACAUUUAAGAGUCCCCAGAGCCAGGGCGUGACAUUCCCCCCCCCCCCCCAAAGCCGCGCCACACAAACACAAGAGGGUAGGGGCCGGGUGGGCAUUCCGCCUCGGAGGCGGAUCCGGCUCCGGGCGUGACCACCACCUUUUCUCCACCUCCCCGUUGCACCCCUGGUCUGGUCUGGUCCCGCUGACUGGAGCUGGACCCGACGACGGUGGACCAGACCUUACCGGCUCCGGACUGGAGCCGCUGGCCGGAGCUGGACUGGACACCGGUGGAGCGGAUUGCUCUGGCUCAACAUUUAAGAGUCCCCAGAGCCAGGGCGUGACAAUAUUAAACACAAACGGUAUUCACUAAGUUGAUGGGUUAUAUAUAGGAUAAUGUUUAACAGCUUUGUCAUUCUAUUUUAAUAUAUUUUUUAAAUAAUCUUAUUUUAUUAGUUUAUAUAUUUUACAUGUUAUGAAAAUUCAAUAAAAUCCUUUAAAGUUUCAAAAAUUCCAGUAGUUUACUGGUAAACUUUUAAAGUUACCGGUAAUAUACCCUCCCUUUGUAAUCCUAGAUCCAAACAAAUUAACUGAUUGCUAAACUGGCUGAGUCAGACAACCUUAACUCCCCGAUUGAUUGAUUAAUUCACCGAUCGCUUUAUGUAAUGAUGACCCCCUUCCAUGUGCGACCCCUCUAGGUGACGAUCCACGCUGGCCCCAGGUUCGCCUCCUACCUGACCUUCAGCCCAUUGGAGGUCAAGUCUCUGAGGACAGAGUACGGGGAUCUGGAGUGCUGCAUCGAGGUGGUGGACAGUAUGCAGGAGGCUAUAGAUCAUAUCCACAGAUAUGGCAGCUCCCACACCGACGUCAUUGUUACUGAAAACGGUAGGACUGUCUAGUUGUUAGUUGUGAAAAGUUUCUGUUUUGCUCUUUUGUUUUUAUCUCACCUUGAUUCACCCAGAUUAGUCUGGGUGAGAGAGACCAGAUCUCUCUUCAAGAGAGACCUGCCCCCCCCCCCCCCCCCCCCCCCCCCUUCUCUCUCUCCCUUGCUCUCUCUUUCUCUAAGUGAUGACAGCACUUUUUGGCUCAGUGUUCAACCUCCCUGUGAGACUACUUUGAAGAGGACAGAACUGAUUUGAAUGUAGAACAGGUUUUGCUAAGGGAUCAGCGUUAUUCAUUUAUAUUUAGUUAUAGGACUUAUCGUCAUCUUAAAUGUUAUUGGCCUCUCAAUUUUGAUAAUUCAUUUUGAUUGAGUACUUUACUGACAAUAUCCAAGAUAGGUUGGAUUAUAGAUGUUUAGUUUUGUUGGUACCCUGCAGAGGACAAAAUUUGAAUUAUAGAUGUUUUUUUAGUCGGUUCCCUGCAGACAGCAUUUCUGCCUCAGUUCUACCAUCUAGUGGCCACAGAUUGUACAACACGUAGAACUACAUUGAAUUCUCCAUUGUGUGUAAUGGAUGAAAUAUAUUGUAUAUAGCUGAAGAGAGAUGUUGAUGUUUAAUGAUGAUGACAGUGACAAUGAUGGUAGUUGAUGAUGGUAGUGGUGACAAUGAUGGUGAUGAUGAGGAUUCUUACAGAGGACACAGCGGAGCAGUUCCUGCAGCAGCUGGACAGUGCUUGUGUGUUCUGGAACGCAAUUCGCAGAUGGAUACCGCUUCGGACUAGGUAUGUGUUCAGUAAUUAUUUUUGUAUCACCUCACUUCCUGUUCAACUAUCCUACUCACUCCCUCCCUCCUCUAGGUGCUGAGGUGGGCAUCAGUACAGCUUGUAUCCAUACCCGGGGUCCCAUGGGCCUAGAGGGUCUCCUCACCAGCAUGUGGGUCCUGAGAGGAGACGACCACACCGCAGCAGACUUCUCUGAACAGGGCACCAUAAAGUACCUCCACGAGAACUUGCCAGUCACACAGCCACAGCCCAGACAGAUAGCUGCCCAGAGUGAGGAC